ACCCCCUCCAUCCGCCGACCCCCCCAAAACCCUACCCUUCUUCCAAAACCCUCGCGUCCCCCGUCGUCUUCCCCCAGUUCGCCCACCUGCGCACGCGCGCCUGCAGCCAACAGCUCUCGCCCUCGCGUGGGAGGACAAGCGGAGAUGCUAGGGGCCUCGAGGCGAUCCCUCUGCGCCGGCGCCGCCGCCCGCCGCCACGCCGCCGCCUUCGUUGUCUCUGGCGACACUCCCGCCGCCGCCACCGCCGCCCCAGCCUCCUCCUCGACUCCGCCCCGCCCGCAGUUUGAUCCGAUUCCAUCACGCAAACUUCAGGUAGCAAACCCGGAUUCUGGCAUUUCACGGCUUGGGGGGAAGAGGUUGCUCUCUGUGCUUGCGGCCCCCAAGCUUAAUGGAGCUGCAAAUGUGGUGUCCCUCAAGGUGAGGGAGAGUGCCCUUAUUGGGAGACGAUAUGAAUCAAGCGCUGCAGCUGUUGAUUCAUCUGAUGCACCACCUGCCGAGAAGUUUGAGUAUCAGGCUGAGGUGAAUAGGCUUAUGGAUUUGAUUGUGCACAGCUUGUAUAGCAACAAGGAAGUGUUUCUUCGAGAGUUGGUCAGCAAUGCAAGCGAUGCACUUGAUAAGUUGCGCUAUCUCAGUGUCACUGAUCCUGAUCUUCUGAAGGAUGGCCCUGAACUUGACAUUCGGAUCCAAACAGACAAGGAUAAUGGAAUAAUAACAAUUACUGAUUCUGGGAUUGGUAUGACGAGGCAAGAACUUGUUGAAUCUCUCGGUACUAUUGCAAGCAGUGGAACCGCUAAGUUCCUGAAGGCAUUGAAGGAGAGCCAAGAAGCUAGUGUUGAUAGCAACUUGAUUGGCCAAUUCGGUGUUGGUUUCUAUUCUGCAUUUCUUGUUGCAGAUAAGGUUGCUGUGUCAACAAAAAGCCCGAGAUCAGAGAAGCAAUAUGUUUGGGAAGCAGAAUCAGAAUCUAAUUCUUACACCAUUAGAGAGGAGACAGAUCCAGAGAAGCUGCUUCCGAGGGGAACUCGCCUUACUCUUUACCUCAAGCGUGACGACAAGGGUUUUGCUCACCCUGAGAGGAUCCAAAAACUCGUGAAGAAUUAUUCUCAGUUCGUCUCCUUCCCUAUUUACACUUGGCAAGAAAAAGGUUUCACAAAAGAGGUUGAGGUUGAUGAGGAUCCUGCUGCAGCUAAAACAGAGGGUGAUGGUGACACUGAAAAACAGGCUAAGAAAAAGACAAAAACUGUUGUGGAGAAGUAUUGGGAUUGGGAGCUUACAAAUGAAACACAGCCUAUUUGGCUUCGGAAUCCUAGAGAGGUAUCAACUGAGGAGUACAAUGAAUUUUACAAGAAGACCUUCAAUGAGUACUUGGAUCCCUUGGCCUCCUCACACUUCACUACAGAGGGUGAAGUAGAAUUCAGGUCAAUUCUUUACGUGCCUGCUACAAAGAAGGAAGACAUAACUGAUAGGAAGACUAAGAAUAUCAGGCUUUAUGUCAAGCGUGUGUUCAUAUCUGAUGACUUUGAUGGAGAACUGUUCCCAAGAUACCUGAGCUUUGUGAAGGGUGUUGUUGACUCAAAUGACCUUCCACUUAAUGUGUCUCGUGAGAUCCUUCAAGAAAGUCGAAUUGUGCGAAUAAUGAGAAAGAGGUUGGUGCGGAAGGCCUUUGAUAUGAUACUUGGCAUUUCUUGUAGUGAAAACAGAGAUGACUAUGAAACAUUCUGGGAGAACUAUGGCAAAUUUUUAAAGCUUGGUUGCAUGGAAGACAAGGAAAAUCACAAGAGGAUUGCUCCUUUGCUCCGCUUCUUUUCUUCUCAAAGCAAUGAUGAAUUAAUUAGCUUGGAUGAAUAUGUGGAAAGUAUGAAACCCGAUCAGAAGGCCAUUUACUACAUUGCUGGAGAUAGUUUGAGCAGUGCCAAAAAUGCACCUUUCUUGGAGAAGCUUAAUGAAAAGGGUUACGAGGUUUUACUUUUAGUUGACCCUAUGGAUGAAGUGUCGAUCACAAACCUGAACUCCUACAAGGAUAAGAAUUUUGUGGAUAUUAGCAAGGAAGACUUGGACUUAGGUGACAAGAAUGAGGAAAGAGAAAAGGAAAUUAAGCAGGAAUACAGUCAAACAUGUGAUUGGAUAAAGAAACGCUUGGGCGAGAAGGUUGCUCGUGUUGAUAUAUCCAACCGCCUCAGCUCAUCCCCGUGUGUUCUAGUUGCAGCUAAGUUUGGUUGGUCAGCCAAUAUGGAAAGGUUGAUGAGGGCACAGUCCAUGGGUGAUACGUCUUCUUUGGAUUUCAUGCGUUCAAGGAAAGUAUUUGAAAUAAACCCAGAGCAUGAGAUAAUCAAGGGAUUGAAUGCUGCGUGCAGGAGCAACCCCGAUGACCCAGAAGCUCUGAAGGCAAUCGACAUCCUCUUCGAAACAUCUAUGAUAUCAAGUGGCUUUUCACCCGACAACCCGACGGAGCUGAGCGGGAAGAUCUACGAGAUGAUGAGCACCGCUAUGGCGGGCAAGUGGGUGACCCAUGCCCAGGCAAGCGAGCAACAUGACGCACCUGUUAGCUUUGAGCCCGUGCUGGAGGCUGAGCCGCUUGAAGCUGAGGUGGUGGAACCCGUUCAGUCCGGACAGCAAAAGUGAGGUCGUUUUGCCACUUAAAUGGCCGCAUGGACUUUUUUUUUCCUGGUCUUGUUCCGUAGGUCUCAGCUCUCUCAACUAGUAGAUCCGAGCUGCUGUGCCUAGCUCACUGUUUUACCUCGUUUUGUUUCUUCGAAACGGGAUUUGAUUAUUGUGCUUGUACGAGUGCUAGCCUGCUCUUCUGACAGAUGCGGUCGUGAUUAGAAAUAAAAUUUUGGUCGAGAGACUGGACUCUUAUCCGAAGUGCUGUGAUCGAAAUCGAGAUGGGGAAUUUACUA